GACCUGGCAACCCGAUAAUGACUUCCUGCUUGAAAAAGUGAAACAAACUGCAGUGUGUAUUCAAAAAGUGUCAACAGUGUCCUGGGGACACUGUGAUUAUAUAUUGGACGAAACGAAAAGCGCUUCAACUUGUUACUAACGUUACUCUUUAGAAAACAAUGCAUAACUUUAUCGUUUUACUGAAACAAACUUAUUGACGUUUACACUAGCUCUUAGCUCGUUUCGUUCCCGCUUUGUUUAGAUUUCCCUGACAACUGAACGACGCCAUCAGUGGAGAUCGAGAUGACGAGCCUGCCACAGAUAUUCACUGCAGUGAUACUGCACCCGCCAAAUUCAGUUGCAAGCAAAAGCAAGACUACUAAACACAAAUCUGAAGACGCGUAUGGUGUUGCCAGCGGCUCGUUUCGAGAGGCUGAAGAUAUGUACAGGAGUACAAUUGUGCAAAUAACACGUGAUGGAAGUAGGGAUCUCAGAAAAGAGGAGAGACCAGCUCAAAGUAACUCUUUAGUAGUUGAACAAGUUGAGGUUGAUGGCAUUGUUAUGGAUUACAUUGAAGAAAUGAAACACAAGGAACUUGACAUAAUUGAAAAAAGGAAUGCAGUUCUCAUGAAGCGAGAUGAUAGAUACGUGACCUUCAUAUCUCCGUCUGGUAAGCGCGUUCACGCUCAGUUUGCACGAGAACAGUUUAUAACAUUGUAUCAAAAGAUUGCAACGGGGCUGCAAACUAGGACAUACGAUUACAGUCGAGGACUUGUUGCGCGUUGCCAAGCAGAAUUUCCAGAACUCCAAAUCACUCGUAAAGAUGAAAGGCGAUUGCAACUGACUGGCAACUUCAUAAGCCUUGAAAGAUUUGACACAUUUCCCAAUGGCAGUACACGGACAUAUUCACACUACCAAACCCCAAAUAAAACAAAAGUCAAUGACACACCUUACACGCAACCUGUGAAACAACAGACAUCAAUAGACCAAGCCAAAGAUGAGACGUGUCCAAUUUGUUUGGAAACAAUCAAGAUAUCUGAAUCCACAGUCUUGCCUAAAUGUAAACACAGAUUUUGUAAAGACUGUUUGGAGAGAGCUUUCCAUGUGAAGCCAACUUGUCCGAUAUGUGGAGAGAUAUACGGCAGUCUUACAGGGACGCAACCAAAAGGAGGAACCAUGACUGUCUCAUCGGACAGAUCCUCUCUCCCUGGAUAUGAAAGAUAUGGUACAAUAAUAAUUAACUACCAUAUACCAAGUGGAUAUCAGGGGGAUGAACACCCAAACCCAGGCAUGCCGUACCAGGGUGUGUCCCGCAUAGCUUACCUCCCUGACUCAGCAGAGGGGAAUAAGGUACUGAAGCUUCUGCAGAGGGCAUUCGACCAGCGGCUCACUUUCACCAUCGGACGCUCAUCUACCACUGGACACAACAAUGUGGUGACCUGGAAUGACAUUCACCAUAAGACGUCUCGUUAUGGUGGGCCAACCUCUUAUGGUUACCCAGAUCCAGAUUACCUGAAACGAGUACAAGAUGAACUGAAAGCAAAAGGAGUCGACUAACAACCUUUUAAUCAGUUCAGACACCAUUAUUACAACCAGUAGUCAUUUUAAAACAGGGACAAGAAUAAAGUGAUAUUGUAGUCUUGUGGUCACUAAUCAAGGUCAAGCACUUUUCUUUCUUUCUUUUUUUUUUUUUACAGGCAUUCUUAAUGUUUAACACAGUUUUGAAUGUAGGAAUCUCAUGUAGCAGUAUAAGAGAAACUCCACUGCACUACCUUUUCAUUGCUUUAACAUUGUUUUUUACACAGAUGUUUGAACAUAUUACUUUAAUGUCUUUUGCAGCAUCACGUGUGUGACGGGACAGCAUUUUCUAUAUGUCCCUAAGAAAAUCUACUAUUAUGAUGUUAUGCAUGCAGUAUAACUUGUUUGUGCUUUUAAAUGAAACCUUAUUGUUUCAUCUCAUUAUGAUCAAAUCAGAUCAGUUUUACUUUAAAAAAUAAUCAUUGCUAUAUUAUAUUGUGAUUAGAGUUUUUAGAUAGAUGAUCAUGCAGCAAAAUUAAGUGUCAUGUAGUGUAUAGAGAGUUAUAGUGCCAGACAAAAAAAAAAAAAACUGCAACGUUCAUGAGAAACUUUAAUCAAACAAAAAACAGGUCAUUUUAGUAACACUAAGCCAUUUCCAUUGGUAUCCAGUUUUUUAUAUUAACUUAUUUUUUUUCUGGAUCAUUUAUUGUUUACCUUUUUGAUUUUGGUGGAUUGUAGUAUUAAAACUUAGAUGAAAGAUGCUAAAGUGUACAUGAACAAGAAAUAAAUCCAAAUGGUUCAUCAAA